AUGCUAACGACAAUCAAGCAAUAUGACUUCUCUCGGGGGACUGAUAGCUGGAAGUCUAAGUUGUCAAGAGAUGGUUGUUUCUACGUUCAUGAUCUUAGUGCCGUUAUCAAGGAAAACUAUGGUGGUUAUCCCAUUCAAGCUCUUAUUCUUACAAAUCUGAUUAACUUUGAGGUCCAACUUGACAGUUGCCCAUCAUAUAAGAUUAAGAGAAAACUUGAAAAGGGAGGUUUUGGGCAGAUUGGAAAACUAACUAAACGCCCUGACAUGCUUUCGGAUCUUGAUCCUUUUGGGUUAGAAACUUUAAUGAAUCAUUUGCAGGAAACAACUCUUAAUCAUAUGUAA